AUGGAAUAUCUGAACAAGAUCAGAGAAACAGUGUCGAAUGUCGCUGCCUCAGUAACUUCAGUGCUGCCGGGAAACCCGAUCACUCGAGAAUUCGAACCCGUGACUCACGUGGCAUCGGCUGGUCCAGGACUCAUUUGGAAAAUUUAUUCUGGCUAUAAGAAAAGCAAUGGAAAAGAUGUGUCGAUCUGGUUCUUCGACAAGAAGGUUAUCGAAAAGUGGUUCAAAUCAGACAAGGACGUAAUGUACGACUGUCUGAAACGGGGUAUUUCGCAGCUAACACGACUGAGGCAUCCGCACUUGCUGACCGUUGAACAUCCUCUGGAAGAGUCUCGCGAUAUCAAUACGUUUCACAGUUUACGUUCUUCUUUCAGCGACACAUUAGCGUUUUGUACCGAGCCAGUAUUUGCAAGCCUAGCUAACGUGCUCGGACGUUGUGACAACAUGCCUCCGAUGCUUCCGCCUGAACUGAUCGACUUCCAUCUCGAGGACAUUGAAAUCAGGCACGGCUUGUCUGAAAUUUUGAAAGCGCUCAGUUUUCUGCACAGCGAUAUUAAAAUGCUUCAUCGCAACAUCUGCCCUGAGUCAAUCCUUAUCACUAAGACGGACUGCUGGAAGCUAGCUGGAUUCGAGUUCUGUAUUUCCGGCGUCGCAUCCCUAGACAAGCAGACCACCUACCCGUUCGUCGAAUGGGAUGAAGGUCUCACUCCAUACGCGCAGCCCCCUUUGAACUACUUGGCACCGGAAGUGAUCUUUGUCGGUCGUUACGACCCUGCUGCUGAUAUUUAUUCUCUAGGAGUGCUCAUCUAUUCCGUCUACAACAAAGGUAGUGCCGUAAACAACUAUGGAAAUAGUCUGAUUACUCGCGUGUGUCCCGCUUUGGAGUCAGCUCUGUUUCCUUUGGCGAUAUUGAAGACUCCGUCGCCUUCUGUACUGCGUUCAAUCCCAGAUGAUCUGAAGGAAGAUUUUAAAAUGUGUCUGUUGUUCACGUCUGAUCUUCGGCCAGAUGCGGUGCAGUUGGCACAGGUAGCUUACUUUCGUACCGAUCAGCUUAAAGUUCUUCAGCAGCUGGAAAGUUUGUGCCAAUGUACGAUCAUGGAGAAGGUCGAGUUCCUGAAACUGCUUGAUAGUUAUAUAGAAAAGUUUUCUAAGCGAUUGGCGCUGUGGAAACUGUUGUCCUACCUUUCGGCGGAGUUGGAGAUCCAAGAAAUGGUUCCAUUGACUUUGCCGCGAAUUUUGGAUAUCGCAAAAAGAUUAACAAAAUCGGAAUUUCGUAAGUUCGUUCUUCCGCUCGUCAUCUCUACGUUAUCGACGACAAGUGCGCAGGUGUGCUAUUUUUGUCCUGCUGAUUCUAUUUUUCUGAAACGAACUUACCACUACAUUUUGCAGGUGCAAGCCGUCAUCCUGUCCAACAUCGACUUUUUGUUUAGCAGCUGCCCAGAGGCGGACGCCAAGAAACACCUGCUCCCUUUCCUUUACACAAAGCUGGACUCAGACGUUCCUCCUGUCCUGGAUCUUUGUUGCAAGUCCAUUCCGAAUGUUCAUCAUUUAAUUGAUAAGACAUCGAUGAAAACGAUAAUUUUGCCGAAGCUGCUACAUCUGGCUACCGACGUGGCUAAUAUAUCGGUGACUUUCCUUGAUCAUAUUUAAAU